UAGAUGUGGGCUUUUAUGCUCAAAAGCCGAAGGCCUGCGAUCUCUUUCGCCGUUCAGCCAGUAUUAUUAGCUGAUGCCCCGAGCAUGUUAUUUGCCUGACUGUGCUCUCCAGAUGUACUAUAAUUUAAACCAUGAUGUGCCUCUCUGACCCCCCUCCCUUUCCGAAAGCAGCAUCCAAACAUUGGGAAGGGAGUUCAGGGUGGAGGGACGAGAUGGUGCUGUCCCAGCUUGGCUCCAUGGUGCUCUGAGCAAAAAGGGGGGAGAAAGGGGGUGAGGAGGCAGGGCCAGUUUUGGGAAAGGGGACUGCAGGUUGAGGGAGAGUGUGGCGGCCAUGGGGAAUAGAAGGAGAAGGGGGCCCCGGUUGUUUGGAAGAUCCUAAGUAAGAAACUAGUUGGAACUCCCGAAGACUGACAGCAGCAACGUCAGCAGAGGAGAGGGAGGGAGGGGCGGCAAGAAGGGUGGGCAGUCAAGACUCCAAACUGGCGCUCCCUCUUCCCUCUUCUCUCUCUCUCUCUCUCCCUCUCUCUCUCUCUCUUUUAUUUAAUGGAACAUUUUAAGAGGAGAUCUUAAAGGUACAAAACGAGAUCUAUGGGAAUAGACCAGCUUAGAAGGAACCAUCUCUCUCCAUUUGGGAUCCCCUCUCUCUGCGUAUUCUUCCCCCCCCCCCGAAAAAUAAAACAAAAAAGCAGAUUCAUUUUUUAAGGAUAUAGAACCAGAACCGGACUCUUUUUAAAUUACCAUUUGGUGGUGGUUAUUUUGUAUGUUUGUGCGAGUUUUUCUUCUUCUUCAAAGGAUUUGGGAGAGGAAGGGUGAUUUCCCACCCCAACCCGUCUUUUUAACAAGGAUGCUGAUCCCGCUUGGAUGCUUUUGAUGAAGCAACAGCAGCGAAACUUCGCCAGACUUCUCGUUCCAGCAGCGUCAAGCCUCGAGCGAUUACUGAAAUGCUCCAGGAGAAAAGUUUGUCUGAGCCGGAGGAUGGAUUUGCUGCGCCCCAGGCCCCUGGCCAUUCUGAAACCACAACCGGUUCCCCUGUUCUGGGUGUAGCAGGAGUCAGCAGUACGCCUCUGAACAGCCCCCAGGGUCCAGAUCCAGAGCAGACCAUUGAGAACAUCAAGGUGUACCUGCAUGAGAAAGAACUAUGGAAGAAAUUUCACGAAGCUGGCACAGAAAUGAUCAUUACUAAAGCUGGAAGGAGGAUGUUUCCAAGUUACAAAGUGAAAGUCACUGGGAUGAACCCCAAGACCAAGUACAUCUUGUUGAUUGAUAUUGUUCCUGCAGACGAUCACCGGUACAAAUUCUGCGACAACAAAUGGAUGGUGGCAGGUAAGGCUGAGCCUGCGAUGCCUGGGCGAUUGUAUGUCCACCCAGAUUCACCUGCCACAGGAGCCCACUGGAUGCGCCAGCUGGUGUCAUUUCAGAAGCUAAAGCUCACCAACAACCACCUGGAUCCCUUUGGACAUAUCAUUCUUAAUUCUAUGCACAAAUACCAGCCAAGGCUGCACAUUGUGAAAGCAGAUGAGAACAACGCAUUUGGCUCCAAGAACACAGCUUUCUGCACUCACGUGUUUCCAGAAACAUCCUUUAUAUCCGUGACAUCCUAUCAGAACCACAAGAUAACUCAGCUGAAGAUAGAAAACAACCCAUUUGCCAAGGGCUUUAGAGGCAGCGAUGACAGCGACCUACGCGUGGCAAGAUUACAGAGCAAGGAGUACCCAGUGAUCUCCAAAAGCAUAAUGAGGCAGAGGCUGGUGUCAACUCACGGUCAGCUUUCCACUAAAUCUGACGUCAACUCGCUCCACGGGAGCCACCAGGGUCUCCAGCAUUACCAGUAUGAGAAUGGUGCUCACAUGCAGUUUGCAGCAUCAGAUGCCCAAGACCUGCCCCUCAACACCUUCAUGGCACAAAGAGAAUCAGGGCUCUUCUAUCACUGCCUGAAGCGGCGAGAGGGUGCCCGGCAUUUGGAUUUACCCUGCAAACGCUCUUAUCUGGACGCCUCCUCUUCUGUCGGGGAAGAGCACUAUUUUCGGUCACCACCUCCAUAUGACCAGCAAAUGCUGAGCCCCUCCUACUGCAGUGACGUGACGCCGCGGGAGGCGUGCAUGUACUCCAGCUCCGGUGCUGAAAUUGCAGGUGUCUCAUCGGUAGAAGACUUGCCUCCUCCUCCUCCUCCUCCACCUUUGAGCUGCAAUAUGUGGACCUCAGUUGCACCUUACACCAGCUACAGUGUUCAGACAAUGGAAACUGUCCCCUACCAGCCUUUCCCUGCUCACUUCACAGCUACCACCAUGAUGCCGCGUCUACCCACCAUCACGAACCAGAGUUCCCAGCCGCCGGGCAACAGCCCCUUCACAGUCUACAAUCAGCUUUCACAGUCUCAGGCCCGGGAGAGAGUCCCUGCACCCUCCUUCCCAAGGGAACGGGUGCACCCCUCAGUGUGCGAGAGGAAGCCCCCCUCUCCCCACUUAGGCGCAGCCAAUGAAUUCCUCUACUCUCAGACCUUCUCGCUGUCCAGGGAAUCUUCUUUACCGUAUCAUUCAGGAAUGGGGACUGUGGACAACUGGCCUGAUGGAUGAUUCCUCCAACUGGGCACUGAACCUAAAAAUUGCAGUUAAGAGUCAAUGCUCCAGGACAAUGUUAAUUCAGUGUUAAUACCUGUGGGUAACUUGCACUUCCGUGACACCGACCAAAAACAUCGGUGUUUGUGUAGCUGAAGAGCUUGUUUUCUGUUAGACACAAAAGCAGCUCAGUCUUGGGGGUGGGGGUAAAAACCCAGUUCUAUACAAAAAACAGCACUCGGCUCCGUGGCCUGGACCACCAGUCGUAUUGCCCAGUGAGAGUAUUUGCCUCAAAGAGAGAUGUGGUUCCCUCCAUGAUAUCAUGAAACACUUAUUCUCCCUUUUCAAGCACAUGCACACACACACAAGAUACACCAGACUGUUCACUGAAUGCCUCCUCAAUUUCCAUGCAUUUUGGAUACUUUACAAAAAACAAUGCAGAGAGCAAGCACACACACACAAAUGAGCGUGUGACCCAGAAAGCCACUUAAGCAGAUUAAAUAUGUAUGCCACUGCCUUCAACCGCAGUAGGGCUUGGCCAAGCUGGUGCAGUCUGGGAAGCUGAAAUCAGCACUGAUCAGGGGAAAGAUUUUUUUGGGGGGUUGCCCCCCUCCCCAGUUUUUGCAGAUAGAGAAAGCGCUUCUAAAGAACAUCAUUUUCCUCCCAAAGGCACUGGGGGGUCUGUUUAUUUUGGUUUCUUUCAUUGUCUGUUUUCCAAUCUUAAAUUCAGUUCUCCAUAUUUCCACAUCAAUUUCACUUUUUUU